AUGCUCCUCCAGAUCCUUGGGUCCCUCCAAGGACUCCGGACCUCGACCAUCGCCUACGCCAUCACCGCCCUCCUCCUCCCCAUCAGUCUCACCCUAGCCUUCAUCCUCCACAAUGGCAACGUCGCCUCCACGCGCAGGAAGCUCCGGCACCUGCGAAACAUCGGCGUCCCAGCCAACCACAGCCAUAUGGCGGACCAAUUCGACCCCAAAUACGCCAUCCCAGAAGACACUCACACUCAUACUCACACUCCUCCAUCUGGCACGCGGGGACCGAUCCGCAUAAAGUCCAUCUACAUCCACCCCAUAAAAUCCUGCGGCUUCAUCGAGGUGGACAGGGCCCUCCUCACAAAAACGGGCUUCGCCUACGACAGGUGCUUCGCGCUCGCCGCCGAGACGCCCGACCCGGAGACGGGCACCGUCUCGUGGAAGCUCAUCAGCCAGCGCACCAAGCCCAACAUGUGCCACAUCAAGACGGACAUCUGGCUCCCGCGCGAGGACGCCAGAGAGCACAACGAGGACCCCCUCGUGCAAGCCGGCGGGUGCGUCGUCGUGACCUUCACAGAUCCGGACCCCCCACACUGGACCCAGCGCAUCGAAACCCUCCUCCGCACACGGGACCCCUCUGCCAAACCAACCCUCUCCUUCCUCGUGCCCCUCCAUCCCACGCCAACCCUCGUGGACGAGUACAACAUUGGCCUCAAAACCUUUGGCAUCCACGCCCGCGACGCAACCGGCCUCGACAUGUCCCAAAUCCCCUCCGUCGCCACAGCCCUCCUCCCCAAACUCAAGAAAUUCCUCGCCAUCCCCCCCAACCGCGGCCUCACGCUCACGCGCUGCACCCCCGAAACCCUAACCCGCACAACCCUCAACCUCGCUCCCGUGCGCCACAUCGGCUCGCCCGCCGUCCACGGCUACACGGACCAGCAACCCGUCAACCUCAACAGCCUGGCCUCGGUCCACGCCGUCUCCGCCCUGCUGCCCCCCGAAAACAGACCCCUCGACGCCCUCCGCUUCCGCGCAAACCUAUGGGUCACCGGCGCGCCAGCCUACGCGGAGGAGACCUGGAAACGAUACCGCAUCGUCCCCCCGGCAGAAAACGCAAACAGCAGAGAGCCGCGAUCGAGGGCGAGGGCAAACGUCUCCCCAAAGCUCUCCGUCGUAUGUAGAACCUCCCGCUGCACAAUGCCAAACAUCAACCUCGCAACCGCCACAUUCGACACGUCGACACCCUCCGCGGAAAAGAAAAAGGGAAAACCGCAGCCCAGCACGACGCUGAUUGAGCACCGCACCCCCGAGAGCGGGAACCCGAAAGCGCUGGGCUACCUCGGGAUGCACUGCGUACCGGAAGACGACGACCUGGACGAGGCCCAGAGGCAGGGGCGAGGGCUGUACGUCCACGUCGGCGACGAGAUUGAGGUUCUCGAGACGGGGGAGCAUUUGUACGGGUCUACUGCGAAUGACUAUUGA